AUGCCUGAAGGAAGCUUGCCACUCCCCCUCUUCUCAGUGCCUCACCCCUUCCACUCAAAAGUCCCAUGGGGCAAUCUUACCACCUGCGCCCUGUGCACGCUCAAGUUCCCGACCCUGAAACGAUUGGGUGCCAUACAGACCGAUCACACGGGCCAACUUUAUCUCAUUGGACACCUACGGAUUGCACUUUGGGACCGCCACAUGCAUCUGGCCAAAGAGGCGGACAGGUUAACCCCUCACUGGUAUCCGCCCCCUUCAUUCAUCCUCUUGCAAGAUUUUGAAAGAGCCCUGCUGUGCAUAUCCCCACUCGAACACAACCAUCACUCUGUCAAAUGCUCCGACACCACCUCUUGGCCCAAUUGUUACCACCACCACAUAGAAAAGGCCAGCUUCGAGACUAGACUGGAGGAAGUGCUGGACCUCUUCACCAAGGUUGCACUGUACAUCGUUUUUGACCACAACUCCAACCCCCGGCCACGUCGACCCCUCCAACCACAAGGGAUCAAGUACUGGGGUUUGGUCAUGGAACACGAAUGGGCAGAGGAAUUCCAGCCGGAGAUGUUAGGGUUCGACACCUCGGACCAAAAGGAGAUCGACACCUGGAAGGACGCCAUCCAAGCAUUGCCAGACAACGACUGCAAAGGGGAACUCACAGCGAUCGCUCAGGUGCUCCAGAGCAGAACUAUGGUCAUCGGGUGGCUGCUUUAUGAGGGCAUGGAGGCUGUUGGGAGGAGGAGUGGGUGUCGGUUCCGAGCAUUGAUAGACCCCCGAGACCUGGUGGUUGUGUUGCCUCCCUGGGUUAACCCACAGUUGGUCUAUGCCGACUUUGUCCAUGAGGCACACCUGGCUGGCCACACGCUUCCAAAUGAAGCCAGCCUGCAAGGACCUGAUUGGUUUAGUAUAUACGGCUCCGUCCGCCCUGUCAUGGAGAACAGAUUCCUCGAGUUGGAGAGCACUGAGUAG